AUGGACCCAACUACAACGCUCUUUACCUUCAUGCUGCAAACCAGGCCUUCGGUUCAAGCUGUCCAUCUUGUCGGAUCUUGGGACAACUUCUCCAAAACCUACAGCAUGAACCGCGACAUCCGACGAGACCGUGGUCAAUGGAGAGGCUGCUACUCAUUCAAAGACAUCAUCUGUGACGGUGACGGUACCAUCCCUCGACGGGACGGGGGUCUGAAGAUGGGGCAGACCUAUUACUUCUAUUACGAGCUGGAUGGUUCAACUGAGACAUACGACCCAUCCCUACCGUCCACAAAUGCCUGCCCGUACCUUCCUGGUCAGACUGUCAACACAUUGUGGGUUCCUGUGGAACAAUCUCUGAGGAAGCGAAGUGCCUCGCUGAGCUCCAUGAGGGACGGAGACUGGAAGACCAUGAAUCCAGACGAUAAAUUCGCCACGCCGCGCCCGGCACCAUCAGCGCCAGCAACUCCCGGACUCCGUCGCAUAGGAACUGCUCCUCUGACGGUCCGUCACAAGAGGUCUGCUCGGUCUCUUUCGCCCAGCUCGAGCUGGUCAUCGUUCUCGCCGAGGAAACUCUUCAGCCGUAAGGCUAGCACAUCCUCCCUCAGGGACAGUGAGCGCUUCGGUUCCCGAGGUGCUCGAUCCGCCACACCCCCAGAUGAUCGGCAGAGCAUCCGCGAUUCGGAAGGGAGCAGGUCUAGAGACAUAUCUCCCGAUUCAUUACUGAGAUUCCUCUCGGAUGAUACACCCUCGAUCGCUGAGCCUACCGAAACGAAUGACCGACCCUCACUUCUCUUUCCGGAAGACAUUGCAGAAGAGAACGAGGAUGACGAGAACUUCGCCACAUCCACUACCUCCGAAAGCAUGCCGUUCACCGUCUUGUCACCACCCCCUACACAACAUUCGCAUUCUUCCAGUUCAUCUCCUGUCUCGUCACCAAGGUCCAGGGAAUUCGCAGUGACCCCACCACCAAUGGAGUUCGCCCUGCCAGAGCCUCCUUCUCGCUUGCCUCCCAUGAUCCCUCUACGCCCUCGGGUCGAGAUCCCAUCAACGCAGUCACAACCCUCCCUCGCAGACGUCAGCUUCUUCAUGCCAAACUCACCCAGGUCAGCGGCCUCCAACGACCUCCCAUCCUUCUACUUCUCCGAGGACGACGAGGACGACGACGAGGACGAGACCGCGUCAACCAACGACGACGAAUGGCUGCCCUCCUCCCCCGCAGCCGAACAGGCGGGGCCGACGGGCUCGCACACCAAGAGCCUGAGCGCCACCCUCUCGACCUACAGCCUCCCACGGGAUGCCGGCAAGCUGCUGCCGUCCACGGAGGAGUCGAACGAGCGGACGCCCCUGGCGGCGGACCUGGGCCUGGGCCUGGGCGGCGGCUCUCCCGCACUCGUCGCGCGGAACGGCUUCGACGUCCCCGUCGGGAACGCGUCGCUUCUGACGAACCCCAUCCCGAACUCGGGGCUGCACGAGCUCGUGCGCGAGCUGAGCUGGAUCGCCGAUGUUAUAGUGGGAGAGGGUAGUUAG